GUUUGCUACACAUCUCUUCGCCUUUGACACCAUUCAGCCAUGACUGAGCAAUCCUCAUUGCUACUAAAGAAGCAACUCAAAGAACUUGCCAAACAUCCCGUGGAAGGCUUCUCAGCUGGCCUUGUCGACGAUAAUAACAUUUAUGAGUGGGAAAUCAUGAUCAUGGGUCCACAAGACACUCUCUAUGAGGGAGGUUUCUUCAGGGCCAUCAUGACGUUCCCGCAAGAUUAUCCAUUGAUGCCUCCGAAGCUCAAAUUCACUACUGAUAUAUACCACCCUAAUGUAUAUCCUGAUGGAGAGGUCUGCAUUUCCAUCUUGCAUCCCCCUGGUGAGGAUAAGUAUGGAUAUGAGCAGGCAAGCGAGCGCUGGUCGCCAGUCCAUACUGUGGAGACAAUCUUAGUUAGUGUUAUCUCCAUGCUAUCAAGCCCCAAUGACGAAAGCCCUGCAAACAUCGAGGCUGCUAAAGAAUGGCGUGACAACUAUACUUCUUACAAAAAGAAAGUGCAACGUAUCGCACGACGUUCAGCAGACAUGUGACAUGGGAAGCGGUACAUCAGGUUUAGCUAGAAAGAUUUAUUGUUGUUAUAUCGCGUCUUAUGCGAUCGUGUGGUUAAAAAUGCCCGUUAUAUUUGAAUUUUUAGAAAAAAAAAAUAAAAAAUAAAAAAUAAAAAAUAAACCUGGUCCAUCUGUUUCU